AUUAUAUUUUUGAUCUGCCGGUCCACUUACAAAAUCAUCAAGAGGGAAUGAUCCGCAAGUGUACACAUCUUAGACGUUUCUACUCUUCUAAAUGUCAUAUUUCAUCCAAAGUAUCAUAGUUUACAUGAGAGGUCCCGACCCGAAACGUCACCUAUCCAUUUUCUCCAGAUGUGCUGCCUGGCCCGCAGACUUGCUCCUGCAUUUUUUUGUCUAUCAAUAUUUCCACCACUGUUCAGUGUUAACAGACUCCGAGUACAGAGAUAACCGCCGCUCCAACCUUACGGAUACAUCAUACUUGACGAAGUGGUUGAAGCAGCCGCAAUAACAAUAUGCAACGGGCAAUUGGACAGGUCCGUGGAUAGGGAAGGUUUGGGGAGAUAUGGAUCGAGCGUGGGCAAAUUUGACCAACUUAGAUGAGCAUAUUGGUCUAACGCGUUGGGUCGAAGGGCCUGUUUCCUGCUGUAUGACUCUGUGAUCAUCUGACCCAACCAUUUGUUAAAUAUAACCCUGAGCCUUUCACACUACAUCGUGUCGAGCUGCUACUGGCUCGCUGUGGUUCACGAUCUGACUUCCUGUUCCCUUCUUAGUCAUUGCUAUUUGAGAGAUGCGAUUGUAUCUGAGACCUCAGACCUGAGCGACAGACAGACAAGUGCUGGUCUCGUCACUGCGGAUAAAACAAUGUGGAUUCCCAUUCUUCUCAUCGCCUCGCUACCCUUUUCAGGUGCAGUGUGGGCAAAGAGGGAGGUAAGAGGAGUUGUGGGAAGAGCGAUCACAAUCGAUUGUCACUAUGCAGCAGAGAACCGCUCACACACAAAAUACUGGUGCCGUGGGAGGAGUCUCCAAUGUACAGUGUUGGUGGAAACAAAUGGGCAACACGGACGGAGUGGAAGAGUGUCAAUCACAGAUAACCCGGCACGAGGAACAUUUACUGUGACUGUGGACGAUCUUCAGGAUGGAGAUACAGGAUGGUACAGAUGUGGAAUUACAACAUCUGCCGACCAUCCAAUAUUUAACGUUUAUCUCGAAGUAUCUGACGAACCCGUGUCUGUUCCUGUGCUUGGGUUUCUGUCACCAGCCAAUGUCUCUUGUCUCGGGGGCUCAGUGACAGUGUCCUGUGAGUCGGUCCGGGGAUCCCUUCCCAUUAACUACAGCUGGUAUGAAAAGACCCCAUCUGGGGAUUCAAAGAUCUCAGACAACAAUGCCCUGGAUCUACAUUGUCAAUCCUUCAAACACCAGCACCAUCAAUAUUAUUGCACAGCCUCAAAUCAACAUGGAUCAAAAUCCAGUGAAAUGGUCAACAUGUCCAUCUUCAGCAGUGACGUGCCCUGCAGUGUCCUGGUGAAAAUCAACGGCACUGUUGCAGUUUGGGGGAAGAAGAAUGUAACAGGAGAUGUGGGAAGAGCGAUCACAAUCGAUUGUCACUAUGCAACAGAGUACCGCUCACACACAAAAUACUGGUGCCGUGGGUGGGGUCGCCAAUGUACAGAUAUGGUGGAAACAAAUGGGCAACACGGACGGAGUGGAAGAGUGUCCAUCACAGAUAUACCGGCACUAAGAAUAUUUACUGUGACUGUGGAGGAUCUUCACUCUGGAGAUACAGGAAGAUACAUCUGUGGAAUUAGAACGUCUGCCGACCAUCCAAUGUUUUCCGUACAUCUCCAAGUAUCUGACGAACCCGUGUCUGCUCCUGUGCUCAGAUAUCUAUCAGCAGCAAAUGCCUCACGUCUCGGAGGCUCAGUGUCAGUGUCGUGUGAGUCUGUCCGUGGAUCCCUUCCCAUCCGUUACACAUGGUUUGAGAAGAACGAGCAUUGGGUUUCAACUACCGUGUAUGGCAAUCAACUGGAUCUGAGUUGUGAAAUCCUCGGAGGGCAACACCGUCAAUAUUACUGCACAGCCUCAAAUAAUCAUGGGACAAAAUCCAGUGAAAGUCUCAACGUGAAAGUCUUCAAAGGAGCAGGAACGUGCAGUUAUGUGACAGAAAUGAACAAUGCAGGUGCACUGCGGGUAGAGAGCGAAGUACACGGGGUUGUGGGACGAGCGAUCACAAUCGAUUGUCAUUAUGCAGCAGUGUACCGCUCACACACAAAAUUCUGGUGCAACGGGACAAGUCGCCAGUGUACACAUGCAGUGGAAACAAAUGGGGAACAUGGACAGAGUGGAAGAGUGUCAAUGUCAGAUAACCCGGCACGAGGAAUAUUUACUGUGACUGUGGAGGAUCUUAACUCUGGAGAUACAGGAUGGUACAGCUGUGGAAUUACUACACCUGGCGAACCAACAUUUAAAGUACAUCUCCAAGUUUCUGAAGAACCCGUGUCUGUUCCUGUGCUUGGGUGUCUGUCACCAGACAAUGUCUCUUGUCUCGGGGGCUCGGUGACAGUGUCCUGUGAGUCGGUCCGGGGAUCGCUUCCCAUUAACCACACCUGGUAUGAAAAGACCCCAUCUGGGGAUUCAAAGAUCUCAGACAACAAUGCCCUGGAUCUACAUUGUCAAUCCUUCAAACACCAGCACCAUCAAUAUUAUUGCACAGCCUCAAAUAAUAAAGGAUCAAAAUCCAGUGAAAUGGUCAACGUGUCCAUCUCCAGCAAUGACGUGUCCUGCAGUUUCCUAGUGAAAAUCGACGGCACUGUUUCAGGUGCAGUGUGGGCAAAGCGGGAUGUAAGAGGAGUUGUGGGAACGGCGACCACAAUCGAUUGUUACUAUGCAGCAGAGUACCGCUCACACACAAAAUACUGGUGCCGUGGGAUGAGUCUCCAAUGUACAGUUUUGGUGGAAACAAAUGAGCAACACGGACGUAGUGGAAGAUUGUCAAUCACAGAUAACCCGGCACGAGGAAUAUUUACUGUGACUGUGGACGAUCUUCAGGAUGGAGAUACAGGAUGGUACAGAUGUGGAAUUAAGACAUCUGCCGACCAUCCAAUAUUAAAUGUUCAUCUCGAAGUAUCUGACGAACCCAUGUCUGCUCCUGUGCUCAGAUAUCUGUCACCAGCAAAUGCCUCACAUCUCGGAGGCUCAGUGUCAGUGUCGUGUGAGUCUGUCCGUGGAUCCCUUCCCAUCCAUUACACAUGGUUUGAGAAGAAUGAGCAUUGGGUUUCAACUACCGUUUCUGGCAAUCAACUGGAUCUGAGUUGUGAAAUCCUCGAAGGUCAACACCGUCAAUAUUACUGCAGAGCCUCAAAUAAUCGUGGGACAAAAUCCAGUGAAAUACUCAACGUGAAAGUCUUCAAAGGAGCAGGAACGUGCAGUUAUGUGACAGAAAUCAACAAUGCAGUUGCAGGUGCACUGUGGGCGGAGAGCGAAGUAAGAGGGAUUGUGGGAAGAGCGAUCACAAUCGAUUGUCACUAUGCAGCAGUGUACCGCUCACACACAAAAUACUGGUGUCGUGAGACAAGUCGCCAGUGUACACAUGUAGUGGAAACAAAUGGGAAACGUGGACAGAACGGAACAGUGUCAAUCACAGAUAACCCGGCACGAGGAAUAUUUACUGUGACCGUGGAGGAUCUUCACUCUGGAGAUACAGGAUGGUACAAAUGUGGAAUUACUACACCUGGCGAACCAACAUUUAAAGUACAUCUCCAAGUAUCUGAAGAACCCGUGUCUGUUCCUGUGCUUGGGUGUCUGUCACCAGCCAAUGUCUCUUGUCUCGGGGGCUCAGUGACAGUGUCCUGUGAGUCGAUCCGGGGAUCCCUUCCCAUUAACCACACCUGGUAUGAAAAGACCCCAUCUGGGGAUUCAAAGAUCUCAGACAACAAUGUCCUGGAUCUACAUUGUCAAUCCUUCAAACACCAGCACCAUCAAUAUUAUUGCACAGCCUCAAAUAAUAAUGGAACAAAAUCCAGUGAAAUGGUCAACGUGUCCAUCACCAGCAGUGACGUGCCCUGCAGUUUCCUGGUGAAAUUCAACGGCACUGGUAAGUAG